AUUUUUCACUUUUGAGGCCUCAUGAUACUCUCCCCUCUCUUACAAAACCUCUGCCUCUCACUCUUCCACAUAGUCUCUCUCUCUCUCUCUCUCUCUCUCUCUCUCUCUCUCUCUCUAUUUUCCAUGGCCACUCGCCGGAAAACCAUUUACGGUGAAGUGCAAAACCGCCACGACAAACCACCGUUGAGAAGCAGCUGGUUAUUGUAGGAGACAAGCGACGACCCCAUUGUUGUUUGCAUUAUUAUUUGUUGUUGUCUAGUUCUACGGUCUACCCAAGUAGUGUUUUUAGCAAAAUGGCUGAGAUGUUUGGCUCUGGGUGUAUGGUAGCUUUCCAUUUAGUAUUGUUUCUGCUACUGAGUGGGCGAGUCAACUCGGAGCCCACCGAAGACAAGCAAGCCCUCCUUGCUUUCCUGUCCAAAAUCCGCCACGCCAAUCGCAUCCAGUGGAACUCCUCCGAAUCCGCUUGCAAAUGGGUCGGAGUCGGAUGCGACUCCAACAAUUCUUUCGUCUACACGCUUCGUCUGCCCGGUGCCGGGCUUGUGGGUGUGAUUCCACCUAACACGCUCGGCCGCCUGAGUCAGCUUAGAGUUCUGAGUCUCCGUUCGAAUGGUCUGUACGGUGAGAUCCCCUCCGAUUUUUCAAACUUGACUGUUCUUCGCAGUCUCUAUCUCCAAGAUAACAACUUCUCCGGUGCCUUCCCGGCGAGCGUGACCCGUUUGACUCGCCUAAAUCGCCUCGAUCUUUCUUCCAAUAACUUUACUGGCCCAAUCCCAUUCUCGGUCAACAAUCUGACACGCUUGACCGGACUUUUCCUUGAGAACAAUCGGUUUUCGGGCAAGUUGCCCAGCAUCAACGUCAGUUUGGUGGACUUCAAUGUAUCCAACAACAAGCUCAACGGUUCAAUCCCCAACACGCUUUCGAAGUUCAGCGCCUCCUCAUUCGCGGGAAAUCUAGAUCUCUGCGGUGGACCGUUACCACCUUGUAACCCAUUCUUCCCAUCUCCGGCUCCAUCUCCAUCUCUAAAUCCUCCACCGAACCCGGUUCACAAAAAGUCCAAGAAGCUUUCUACGGCCGCCAUUGUCGCAAUCGCCGUCGGCUCUGCUUUGGCUCUGUGUCUUCUGCUUCUCAUUCUUGUGCUCUGCCUCCGAAAGCGACAGCAUCAACAGCCUGCAAAGCCGCCGAAGCCCGUAUCGUCGGCUCGGGCCGUGGCGACCGAGGCCGGCACGUCGUCGUCAAAAGAUGACAUUACAGGCGGGUCUGUGGAACCCGAUAGGAACAAGUUGGUGUUCUUCGACGGCGGGAUUUACAGUUUUGAUUUGGAGGAUUUAUUGAGAGCCUCGGCGGAGGUCUUGGGGAAAGGGAGCGUUGGGACCUCGUACAAAGCUGUUCUGGAGGAAGGAACUACUGUGGUGGUGAAGAGGUUGAAGGAUGUGGUGGUUAGCAAGAGAGAGUUCGAGACGCAAAUGGAGGUUCUGGGUAAUAUUAAGCACGAGAAUGUGGUUCCUUUGCGAGCCUUUUACUAUUCCAAGGACGAGAAGUUGCUUGUCUACGAUUUCAUGUCUGCCGGUAGUCUGUCUGCGCUUCUUCACGGGAGCAGAGGCUCUGGCCGGACACCACUGGACUGGGAUAGCCGGAUGAGGAUUGCACAUAGCGCGGCAAGAGGGCUGGCCCACCUACACGUGGCGGGAAAGGUUGUCCACGGCAACAUCAAGUCAUCCAACAUCCUCCUCCGACCAGAUCACGACGCGUGCAUUUCGGAUUUCGGGCUCAACCCGCUAUUCGGCACCUCAACACCGCCAAACCGGGUGGCGGGCUAUCGUGCGCCGGAGGUGGUAGAAACCCGCAAGGUCACCUUCAAAUCCGAUGUGUACAGUUUCGGUGUGUUGUUAUUGGAGCUAUUAACUGGGAAGGCACCCAAUCAAGCCUCGUUGGGUGAGGAAGGAAUCGAUCUUCCCAGGUGGGUCCAAUCCGUGGUCCGUGAGGAAUGGACGGCUGAGGUUUUCGAUGUGGAGCUGAUGAGAUACCACAACAUUGAGGAAGAGAUGGUUCAGCUAUUGCAGAUUGCAAUGUCAUGUGUAUCCACCGUACCUGAUCAGAGACCUGCCAUGCAAGAGGUACUACGAAUGAUUGAAGACAUGAAUCGGGGCGAGACUGAUGAUGGUCUAAGACAGUCGUCCGAUGACCCUUCGAAAGGAUCAGACGGUCAGACGCCUCCUGCAGAGUCACGGACCCCACCUAGUGCUGUCACGCCUUAGAAAUCUAGGCGUGUAAGACGGGAUGAGUAAAAAAGGGAAAAGAAAUCGACAAGGCAAAAUGGGUGGGUCUCCUUAAAAUGUGCACAGUGCGUAAGUUGCAGGAUUAAAAAAAAGAAGAGUAGUAAAGUGUACACCUUGAUUGGGAGGACUGGCUGGGGUGGUCCAAUAUCUGUUGUUCUUAGUUUUUUUUCUUUUCGUUUUUCAUUUUUUGAUUUCGGUUUAUUUUUAUUUAUUUUUAUCUAAUUUUUAUUUUUGCAAUGAUUUUUACAGGUGGGUAAGGGGGGAUUUUGAAUUGUUUAUGAAAAAAAAAAAAAAAAGGGGGGGAAGUCGGAGAGAAGUUCCAUGAACCGGAUUGGAAUUGACCAUCUGAUGGACUUAGUUGGGUUUUUUAUUUUUAAUUUAAUUCUUUCUUUAUAAUUCCAUCACUCACAAUCUCUGUCUGUUAAAACAUUUGGCUUUUUCUUCCUUUUACUUGUACAUUAUUAUUCCAUUAGUUAUUUUAGUUUCUACUGCAAUAAAGCCAACUGGGUUUGGUUAAAAAAAAAAAAAAAAAAAAAAAAUUCCCAGAGCUUCCAAUA